UCAACAGGUUUAUUUUGUUCCACAGUGUUUAAUAAUCUGUGGUGUUUUGUACUUACUUUAGUAUGGUGCACUGCAGAAAAACACUAGUGUUCUUGAUGGUGCAUUUAAUAUAGUUAGUAUUUUUUAAUACCUAAUGUUAAUUAUUUUACUUCAGUAAAAAAAAUUGUUGGUGAAGUUUUGUUUAUUAUUUUGUGGGAAAGGUGAAUAACUCUUCUUAAACAUGUAUGUCUAUAACAUGCCUUAUGCGGAAAGAAAACAGUUAUGCGACGUUUUGGACCAGAAUAACAAAUGGGAAGAAUUGGGUGGGAUUCACAUGAAAUUUGAUUUAAUAACUAUAAAGAAACUAAGAAACGAAGUUGUUAAAGGAAACUCCCCAACCGACGAAUUAUUAAAUUUAUGGGGCCAUUUGAAUCACACAAUGUUGGAACUUUUUAUGCUCUUAAGUCGAAUGAAACAUUACCAAGCCAUGUUAAUUAUUAAAGAUUUAGUCGAUACGAAAUAUCACACGUUAAUUAAAGGCUAUACUAAUAAUACUGAACCUGUAAAUCAUAUACCAAGGGAAAACUUUGAUAAAAGUGAAAAGAAAAUUUUAAAUUUGCCCAAGAUUGCGGUACAGCAACACAGUGAAACUAGAGAUUACAAUGAAUCUGUUCAAAUGCCAGAUAUUGGAAAUUUACUAAGACCUACAACUCGUAACUCUAAAAUGUCAACUGGUUCAAACAUAUCAUGUGUUACUGAAUCUGCCGGGGCAAUUCCACAAAUACCUUAUGAUGAUCUAAAAGCAGCUACUAAUAAUUGGGAUGAUGCAAAUAUUUUAGGGGCUGGUGGUUUUGGUAAAGUUUUUAAAGGAACAUGGAAAUGUACUGAGGUGGCAAUUAAGAGGAUUGAGCAAAAAGAAAAUAAUCCUGAAUGGGAAAGUGUACAAAUUAAACAGACUAUUACUGAAUUGCAUUGCCUUAAUGCAUAUAGACAUGAUAAUAUUUUACCUCUCUAUGGUUACAGUAUAAGUGGACAUCAUCCUUGUCUGGUAUACCAAUACAUGGCUGGGGGUUCCUUAGAAGAAAGAUUAAAAAUUAAAGACCCUACUAAAAUGUUAACCUGGCCCAAAAGGUUAAAGAUUGCGAUAGGGACUGCAAGGGGUUUGCAGUUUUUGCACACAGCCGGCGAAAAAGGCUUAGUCCACGGCGACAUAAAAUCGGCCAAUAUCCUUCUAGACCCCUGCGACAUUCCCAGAAUAGGCGACUUCGGUUUGGCCAGAGAAGGCCCGAGACAAGACUACACGAGAAUCAGCAAAAUACAAGGCACCCCUCCCUACUUACCCCGCGACUUCUUAGUGUCGAAAAAGUUCUCCACCAAAGUCGACACGUACAGUUUUGGCGUGGUUCUGUUCGAACUAGCGACAUCUAUGAGGGCGGCAUCGAGGAAGGAGCCGAAAAAAGUUAUUUAUUUGAGGGAUUAUGUUUUUAAUUACGAGGGGGAUGUGAUGGAGUUGAAGGAGAAGUUAUUGGAGGGGUUUGACGAGUAUUAUUUGGCUUUAAUCGAUAUAGGAAAGCAGUGUGUAAGUGAUAAACCCAGGUUAAGGCCUGAGAUGAGUUUGGUUUAUGAAAAAUUGUCCCAGAUACUUAAAAAUUAGUUUUAUUAAGGUAAAAUUUGUUAGUAGUCUUCCAUAAGAAUAUGUGAUAACUAAAAAUCAUUC